CUGCGGAUCGAUAUUUCGUUCGUAAACGAAACGGUGGAAGGCGAUAUUUGCCUCAUGUUUGUCCCUUUUUGAUGAUGAUAUCGAACAAUGUGACAGCGGAAGGAGAUAAAUUGAAGGUCCUCGAUCAUGUAUAGAAUCCGCACUGACCGAGGACAGCAGUGCAUGUCAAGCAUGAAGGUUACCGCCGCGCGAGCCAAUCAGUUCCGCCGUAUAUAAAAUGGCACGUAAAUUAUGAUGUGGCUGCUAUCCCUCAAAAUGAUCUUGAGGCUAGACAGUCGUCUGUAACCGGUGACUCCAAGUGUGGUACUACCAUGUGUGUCGGAGUCACGGUGAAUGGAUCCUCCGUACAAUACGUUCUAUCCAGUACGCAAACAGUUGGAUGGAUGGGGAUGGGGUUUGGUACCCAGAUGUCGGGUUCGCCAAUGGUCAUCAUGUGGUCCAAUAGCGAUGGAACCAUAACGGUGUCCCAACGGCAAGCCAGCGGUCAUUCGGAGCCCCAAGUAGUCAGUAAUCCCCCUCGAGUCGCAACAUUAGCAGAGAGCGCCAGUACUACGUCGGGAUCGGAAACCAGAUUCGCGUUUACCGUUGAUGCAAACGGUGAUACGACCGAAAACGUCAUUUAUGCUUUCGGGAGCACCAAUCCGGGAUCUUCGAGCGCGAGCGCUAAUAUUCUGCAACAUAUCGACGAUGGUACCUUUCAAUUAAACUUGGAGGGAACUUUGUCUGCGACGUCGACCGGUUCUGCGUCAUCUCCGGACAGCACUUCUGGGACAACCCGACCCGCUUCACUUAGUAUCCCUUUACAACCGUACCAGCGCAUGAUCAUAGCACACGCCAUUCUUUGCGUCAUAGGCUUCUUGUUUUUCCUCCCCUUCGGAUCGUUACUUGCGCGGUACUUUAGAACGUUCACGCCGAAAUGGUACACCGGACAUUGGAUAUCCCAGUUUGCAAUCUCUGGUCCUCUAAUCAUUAUUGGGUUUGCCCUUGGCGUGCAGAGUGUGACGACUUCUGGUUCACUUCAUUUAGAUGAUGACCACAAGCAAUGGGGCGUUGCCAUAUUUGCGCUCUACUGGGUUCAGUGCGCUUUAGGCGCGUUCAUUCAUUGGGUUAAGCCCAAGAGAUCUACCGGUCGGCCCUUGCAAAAUUAUUUCCACGCUAUCUUCGGGUUGUUCAUCAUUUCCUUGGCCUUCUAUCAAGUUCGGACGGGAUAUAAAACUGAAUGGCCAAUGACCACUGGGCGCGGUGAUAUUGCCAAUGGGGCUAACGUUAUUUGGUAUAUUUGGGUGGUGGUGGUGCCUUUGUUGUACCUAGCCGGGUUGGCAUUCCUUCCAAAGCAAUACAGACAAGAAGCAGCCGCAAGAGGUAGGACAAACCGUUUACAAUAUGAAUUCGACAUGUCCGAUGUUCAACAUCGAUACCGAAAUUGACGCUAUUAUACCUCCGGGUACAAAUGAUCACAGACAUCAGCCAUUCAAGUCGCCGCUUCCAUUUAU